AACCCGACCCGCGCGCUUUGUGGGCUUGGUGACGUGCACGCACCUUUGCGGCGCCGUGUCCGUGACAGCGUCCGCGCUUCUGAAUGCACGCUGCGGGUAGUGCGCGCGCCAGUGUUUUCAGUCGGAGAGUGUUGAGCGGCUGGUGGGCAGCUCAAAAAAAACAUAGAGGGGAAGAGAAAGGGAGAGAAGUGCCAUGUAGAGAUUAAAACAGAUCAAAACCAUAAAAAAAACCAUCAACCUUGCCCCAGUCCCCUCCUUAAUCAGCCGUCAUCCCUGUGCUCAGAUUUAUUACUUAAGAUCUCCACAAGAAACUACUUUCCUGUAAGAAAAUUUAGACACCAGAAAAGAAGGCAUUGAAAAGAGAAAAGGAUCUCUGGGGGAAAACAGCGUUUUGUGAAGCAGAGAGAAGCUUCUCCUGAACCCUUUUGGAAAUUGUAAUGGAUGAAAUCUGAACAGACUUGUACAGGUUGACACUGAACUUCGAUAAAUGAACUUGGUGAUUGAGAAGUGAAACUUCUCAGUGAAUGUAGUGGAAUGCAGUAAGCGAGGGGUAUCUCAUGAAUAGCUCUAUGAAAAAUGUCCGCCUGCAACGCCUUCACUGAACACGUGUGGAAACCUGGUGAAUGCAAGAACUGUUUUAAGCCCAAAAGUUUGCAUUGUUUGUCUGCUGCCUCUGAAACACCUCCUCUUUCAUGUAAGAAUUUAAAAACUAAUGCUAACCAUAGCAACAAUCACCGGGGUAGGUCAGGCACAGGUAACUUUCGACCUCCUGUUGCCAAGAAGCCAACAAUUGCUGUGAAGCCCACCAUGAUGGUCAUCGAUGGACAAACUGUGAGUACAGAAAUGGAGGUAGUGGAAAGCUGUGAAAAUAAGCAACGAUGGAAUAGGAAUGGUGUUCUUCUCAAUAGGAAACCAGUGAACAAUAACAAUGAAGAGAACAACGGCAAUUCUCAAAGGGCUUGUAACCCAGACAGAGUUUUUAAUGAUAGAAUGCCAAACAACAAUAAUAAUGGAUUAACGGAUGUAUUGAAGGAAAUUGUUGGAUUUGAGCCUGAGCCACAUUUGCAAAGCAAAGUAUGUGAUAGAGAGUCUUUUCUUGGAAGGAUCAACAAAUGUUAUCAACGGUCCCUGGAAAGGAAGCUUCCUCCUAGUUGUAUUGUGGCUGGUAUGAGAGAGAAUACAGGAAAGCGUGUAAUGCUCAGCAGCAGCUCUGAUAUCAUUAGCAAUGAAGGAGGACUCUUUUGCUACCCAGAUUGGUCCUUUAGCAGUGAUCAAGGAGUGGAUAAUGAAGCAAGUGAGAAUGCAACAGAAGAGCGAGAAAGUUGGGAUGAAAGUGAUGAAGAGCUGUUGGCAAUGGAAAUACGUAUGCGUGGUCAACCACGUUUUGCUAAUUUUAGGGCCAACACACUCUCACCUGUCAGGUUCCGUGAUGGUAAAAAGUGGAACACAGUGCCAUUACGAAAGCAGUCAUUGCAGAGAAUUUGUGCUGUUGACUAUGAUGAUAGUUACGAUGAAAUUCUAAAUGGCUACGGUGAUGAAACGUUGAUCCCAUAUGGUCAGGACAGUAUGCCAAGCAUAUUAUCUUCUGAAUCUACAUCUCCUGAUUCCUCAAUGACAGAGGGGUCUCAAGCUGGGACAACCAAAACUAUGCAUCAACAACUUUGUAAUGGUGAUCUUCCUUCAAGUGACUGUAAAAGCACCAAGUUUAUUGAACCAGAUUAUGAAAGUAUAAGUGAAAACGGACAGGUUUCCCAAGUAAAGCAAGCUCCAUUUAAACCAGCAAGAGGCACUGCAGCAAAGUCUCUGGAAACUCAUAAAGCUGUUCUUGCAUUAAGGUUGGAAGAGAAGGAUGGAAAGAUAGCCCUACAAAGUGAGAAGCAGGAAUUCACGGUGAAUUCCACAGAAAGUUCUGGGCAAACUGUGACAAUUAACAUUAUUCCAAAGGAAGAACAAGCAAAGCCUUACAGAGUUGUGGAUUUGGAACCACCAGGUAUGUGUAAACCAUACACUGUAGUUGAUGUAUCUGCUGCAAUGAACAAUAAAAAGAUUGACAGUUCAUCUGAAUCUCUUCAAAGUGCAAAAACUUCACCAGUGAGUGCAAGCCCACCAACGUCACUCUCAAGCCAGAUAAACAACCAGAAAAAGUCAAAUAUUACCAGGUAUCAGGAGGUGUGGACUUCUAGCACUAGCCCUCGACAGAAAAUGCCCAGGGUGGCUUUAAUGUCAAGUAGUUCUGGUCCUACUCCUCCUCCAAGACAAAUGAGUCAUAAAUCAGCUCCUACUUCACCAACUACUUCAAAUGCUACUUCAAAAACUAUUCCCGUAAAGUCUCCAAAUCUGUCUGAGAUCAAGUUCAAUAGUUACAAUAAUGCUGGAAUGCCCCCUUUCCCUAUCAUCAUACAUGAUGAACCAACAUAUGCGCAGAGUUCAAAACACAAGGCUAUAAAAGUGCCAAUAGUAAUUAAUCCAAAUGCUUAUGACAACUUGGCCAUUUAUAAAAGCUUCUUGGGUCCAAGUGGAUCACAUUUGAAAAAGGAAGCUUUAGAAAGUGUGGCAAGUCAUACAUAUGAAGAAAUUGGAUCAACAGUAAGAAAAUCUACAGAUUUGCCUCCAGUAAAAGGACCAAGCACUAGCACAGAACGAAAGGCGUUUGGCUCCGUUGCGCAGAAAGUGCAGGAGUUCAACAAUGCCCAAAACAAAGGACAAAUUUUGUCACAGUCCUCGCCACAUAAAAGCUUCGGAUCCAAUCACAGCUCUCCUUCUAGAAUUCAGAGAACUACUCUAGACUCACCAGCCAGAAAGGAAGAAACACCAGAAAGGCAGACAUCAUCAGGAAGCAGGGAAAAUGCCAGCACUGUGCUUUCCCAAAUUGUUGCAUCUAUUCAGCCUCCACAGAUGCCACCUGAAAAUCCCCAGACACCAUCCAAAGCCAAUAGUGCAGAAGAACUUUACUCUCAGCCACCUGCUAUCUUAGAAGGCACUGGAGAUGUUCACAUCCGCCCAAAGUCAUUAUUUUCCUCACAAGCAAAUAGUGAAACAGAAAUGUCCAAAGUGAUGGACAGCACAUUUGCAAAAGGACAAAAAGAAAGCAUUCUAACAAAGCAGGUCACUGUCCCCACUUCUAAACCAAGUACUUUACAAUCUCCUGGUGCACCCUGCUCGAGCCCAAAGAGUGAACAACUGCCCCCAUUUCCUCCUCCACGUUCUACAUCCUCCCCUUACCAUGCCGGCAAUCUUCUGCACAAACACUUCAGUAACUGGGGGAAGCCAACUAGCCCUGUACGUACACCUGAGAUUGAAUCCGCACCGCUGAACCCAGAGGGUCGCCAACGCUUACAGGACACCAAACCAAAACGAUGGAUCUCUUUUAAAAGCUUCUUCCGUCGCCGUAAAACAGACGAAGAGGAGGACAAAGAGAAAGAUAAAGACAAAUUAAUUGGACUGAAUGGACGGGUGAUACACAUGCUUCCACCACCCCCGAUACAACGACAUCACCUUUGCAGUGAUCAGAAGAUUUUAGAACCAACUGAGAAGCUGACCACCAUACUGAAUUAUAAACAGGAGCUUGGACUAGAUGCUAUAAAGACUGAGGCUGACAAACUGGAUAUCGCUGGAAUAGAUACUAAAACUCCUUCUACUGCCAGUGAAACACAGAUUAUGAUAUCUGGAUUACAAGACGAUGAAAAGCUGACGAUGGGUGUUCCUGAAAGUGAAAAAGAAAUUGGCUGUCUAAGCAGUCAAAAUUCUCCCCCACCUCCUCCACCAAAGAAAUGUAACAACAGCCUGCCGGGUGAGGUGACCGUUGAAGACAUGCCACCACAAGUAUCAGAAGUUCAAAGAUCAGCACCAUCGAACCAAGAGACACCUGGUACAAUGACUUUGCUGGUCACUACAGGAUCUCAGGACGAUAAGGAAGCAGGCAGUGAAUCCACUGACGAAAGUAUCAGCAGCGCUACUUACAGCAACUUGGCAAAAUCCCCGAGCUGGCGGGCUGUGGAUGGAAGCUCAGAGAUUUAUGGAACUGCUCCUUUAUUGAGAGCCACAGGGCAAUCGCGGGCUAACAUGAUACCCCUGAAGCAGCCAAGACAAGUGAAAGGAGCUUCGGAUGAUGCCAUUGCAUUUGUGGGAUCUACGGAACAGGAAACCAUGUCAGAGAGCCAACCAACACCACCGCCACUUCCAAAGAAAACCAUAAUCCGUGCAAACACUGAUCCCACAUCAAAGGACUAUGCCCAGAAAAAGAUAGAAGGAAGAAAUUCUGGACACAAUGUGAACUUGGCAAAUCCAUUGUAUGAUGUAGAGUAUCCUGGUGAUGCAAACUGGGAUGCGUCAAGUGCUUGUUCCUCGCUCAGUUCAGAUGCCAGACUCUGUGACAACGAGUCAGGUGAUUCACUGGAAAGAGCAGUGAGCAAGUCGAUGACAAAGACCAGAGCAUCAUCAACAGUCAACAGUACGUGCAGCCUCACCACGAGCAGCUGUAGGGAAGGGUACUCAAACAGCUUGGAUUCACUCUCUGAGAAGAAUCGUAUUCCUCAGAGACCUGGUAAAAGUAUACAAAAGCCACAAAGGCAUACGCUGUACAAAGGGAUCGAGAACAAAGAGGAGGUAAUCAUGAAGAUUCGAAACCUCCAUACAGACUCACUGCGGAAACUGGCAGCUAAAUGUGAGGACAGGUUUAUGGAAGGCCAGAAGAACCAGCUUCGCUUUGGAUUGGACAACUGGUCAGACUUCAGACUGACGAGUGAUAAACCUUGCUGUGAGGCAGGUGAUGCAGUUUACUACACAGCUUCCUACGCUAAGGACCUUCAUAACCAAUAUGCGAUCAAGAUUUGUAAAAGUCAAGCUAAAGCAUCCCAACAGCUAUACUACCACAGUCUGGCUGUAAGACAGAGCCUUGCUGUUCACUUCAACAUCCAACAGGACUGUGGGCACUUCCUAGCUGAGGUCCCAGUCCGUAUGCUUCCAUGGGAGGAUCCCAACGCCCCAGUAUUAGAAGAGGAGGAAAAUGAAGAUAGCUCAGAUGUUUCAAGUGCUAUAAAAAGCAACAACCCCACCUGCAAGGGAGCGUCCAGUAAACACAGAAGCCGAGUGGUGGUUAUCACUCGAGAGGUCCCAUACCAGACUGUUGCUGACUUUGUGCAUGAAUCAGCACCACGGCACAGCAGAAACCCUGAAAUGUAUGAGCGACAAGUAUGCUUACUAUUGCUGCAACUCUGUGCUGGCCUUAAUCACUUAAAGCCACAUCACGUUACACACUGUGACUUGAGGCUGGAGAAUUUGCUUUUGGUGCGAUGUCGACAAGGAACCUCAGGAAAUUGUGAAUCUGAAAACACCAAUCCAAAUGCACAAUUGGCCCGACUGAUUGUCAGUAACUUCUCCCAGGCCAAGCAGAAAAGUCAGGUGGUAGAUCUUGAAGCCUUGAAGGAUCAGUCUCGGCUAGCUCCUGAGAUCAUCACCAUCACUCAGUACAAAAAGUGUGAUGAGUUUCAAACAGGUAUACUCAUUUAUGAGAUGUUGCACCUACCUAAUCCAUUUGAAGAAAACCCAGAACUCAAAGAGAAGGAAUACACUCGAACAGACCUACCUGCCAUCCCUAUACGCUCUGUCUACUCCCUGGGGCUGCAGCAGCUAGCAAGUCUUCUCCUGCAUCCUAAUCCCUCAGAGCGCAUCCUCAUUUCAGAUGCCAAAGUCUACUUGCAGUGCCUCCUAUGGGGACCACGCGAUGACUUGCUGCAGACACUCAACUCCCUCAACAGCACUGUAGAGAGAAAUAAUGUAUUGCAAAGCUGGCUGGACCUAAAACGAACGCUACUUAUGAUCAAAUUUGCAGAGAAAGCCAUCGAUACAGAGUGCAGUGUUAACCUUGAGGUCUGGCUUUGUUGUCAGUACUUAGCCUUUGCUUCAGUGGAAUCCCUCAGUCAUAUUGUGAAGCUCCUCCAGCUCCAGUAACCUGUGUGACUGCUGCUUGCUUUCCCUUCCUGGCCUUCCUCUUCCCUUCUCUCCUACCAAAUUUGGAUUAAUGUGCAAUUUUUUGUAAAUGUUCUGACUUUGUAAAUGGCAGUAUUUAAAGUGUAUGUAAUAGAUUUCUACAUUUUGGAAAGUGAUGCCUACAUUAAGCAACAAAUAUUUGUUAUUUUUUUCUUAGGCACAUAUGCAAGCUCUAACUUGCUCUUACAACGGAUGCUUGGAUGUUUGUUGAUGAAGCUAUGACAAUUUGUAUGUUUACUUAUAUCAUGCCUUGAAAAAACAAAACUACAGCCACUUUGUGAAAAAUGCAUUAAUGGGUCAGUUGCACAAAAGCAGAUUGUCAAACAAAUGUAAUCUUUUGGGCUGCUAGGAGUGGAGAGAAAAUAUUUGCCAUCAGACAACUUGUUUUGCUGAUCUAAGUCUGGUCGCUGCUCCAUUGUAGAGUGGUGUCAGUGGCAAUCAUGGAAGACUUGGAACCCCAUGUUGUCGUGUUAUGAUAUCCCAACGAAAACACUAAGAAUACAAACAAACAAACCAGGGUGAAAAGAUGGGAGUUAAGUGAAACUGGAGCAUGGUGGUAUUAAGUAUGUUGCUGUUUAGGGAUGCAGCAUUAGAAUUUGUGCAAAUCUUUUCACUGUAUGGUGGUCAUAUCUUUGGAAGUCUUUCUGGUGAUAGCUACUUGAUGUGAUUUCAUUGCACUUAAGAUAGGCGUAAUAAAACUCAAGCAUGGCUUUUUAUACAGAAUCUAUAUUUCCUGUCUCUGCCAGUUUUAUUUUGCAGUAAAAAUAUAGCUGAGUUUAUCUUUCAAAAUAAUAAAAAGUCAUUUUAGCAUAAUAACAAUUUAACAAUUCCUUGCUUGGAUUAUUUAAUACAUGGAUUGUUUGGAUUUGAAGGCAGAUCAGUGAGUUUGGCAUCAUUUGACUGAACAGGAGACUCCAAUUAACAGCAGUAGUUUCACUGGUACCUCUUCAGAAAUUUUUCAGUUAGUAGUCUCUUCCUGAAUGUGUCAGUACGCCUCAUGGAAAUUUAGGGCAAUACCAUGAAAAUUGUAACCAAAGGGUGCGAAUAAUCACAAAACAAAUGUAGUUUCUGAAAUGGAACAUGAGGUCAACCUGGAUGUUGCCUGUUUGCAGCAUUACCAGUGCCCUGUGAAGAGUACAAUGAGUAGUCUGCAUCUUCGGUUCAAGUGGCAUACUGUCCUGAAUUGUGCUGCCAAGUUUCCUUUCAUGGAGCAGCCUUGUGUGACACAUUUGUUGACUGUAAUUCUAAUCCACCCUGUGUUCUGAAGUGAUUGUGUGUAUAUGU